GUAAGAUAUUUGUAAACAUGAUGGGUACACGUUUAAGAUGUCACCUGAUAAUAGUGCUGUUGUUUUCCGCGAGUGUGGAUGCUGAAAAUGUUGUUGGUGUCGGAAACAUAAAGAGGUUACAUGUCAAUGUACCAGUCAACAACUUCCAGAAUCAGUUCCUUGACGUACACAAUCAACCUGUAGUUAACCUUAUAAGGAAAUCGGGUGGGUCAACCUUUGACCUGACCGUAGACAGACGAUUUGUUUUCAAACCUCCUAUACGCAAGGCGCCAUUUUCUUCAGUCGGCGAACCUUGGCCAUUACCGCUGUAUUACAGGUAUGAACGAGACGCCGUACUAAAUAUUAACAAGUCAACAUUCAAAAUAGAGGCACUCAACAAAACCUGCGACAUCCUUACCGAAGCAAUACAAAGAUAUAAAAACAUUAUAAAUAAUUACAUCAUAGAAGAGCAAUAUGAUUUUACUUACAAUUUUAAUGAGAAUGCGUUCAAUGUCCAUAAGAAACAAGAGGAAGCUAAAUACAAUCACGUGACAAAGAUGGCCGACCUGGAGAUUUACGUCGCAGAUGAGGAAUGUGGGUAUCCGCAUAUUGAUAUGAAGGAAUCUUAUAAGCUUAUCGUUCGUCCUGGUGUGACGAAACUGACGUCAGAGCAGGUGUGGGGAGCGUUACGUGGACUCGAGACGUUCAGUCAACUUCUCUUCAGGAAAGCCAACACUGAUCAGAUAUAUGCCAGAGUGACAGACAUUGAAGAUACACCUCGGUUUCCUCACAGAGGAAUUCUGAUAGAUACAUCAAGGCAUUUUAUCUAUAAAAAGACCAUAAAAGAUGUUUUGGACGGUAUGGCUUACAACAAAAUGAAUGUUUUACACUGGCAUAUUGUAGAUGACAAUUCAUUCCCGUACCAAAGUGAAGUAUUUCCUAAACUGAGCGAGAAGGGAGCUUACCAUUCCACCCUGGUGUAUACCAUAAAAGAUAUAAAAGAAAUUGUAGAAUAUGCCAGAUACAGAGGUAUCCGAGUUAUUCCGGAAUUUGAUACGCCAGGACAUACGUUUUCCUGGCUGGGAUAUCCGGAAAUCAAGAGUACGUGUUAUGCCGGCAAUCAGCCUAUACAAGGCCCAUUAGGUCCAAUAAACCCCGCUCGAGAUGAGACGUAUACGUUCCUUGCCAAAUUAUUCAGUGAGAUAUAUGACGUGUUUCCUGAUAGUUACGUUCAUUUAGGUGGUGACGAGUUACACACUACGUGCUGGGCGACAAACCCUCAGAUAGUGGCGUAUCUCCAGACAAAUGGUGGUCUCCCUGAGACAGAGGCAAGAAGCAAUGCUGCUAGUUAUAUCAACAAAGCUAUAGGAUACUAUUUCAAGAAACUGAUCUCAACUCUCAAAGCAACAGCAAUAAAGAAAAAACAACAAAAGUCGUUUAUCAUGUGGGAAGAUGUAUUGAAAAAUACGAAAGAUGUGCCAGCUGAUUCUAUAAUGCAAGUUUGGUUAGGAAGACAACCAUUAGUUAAAUCUAUAAACCAGCGUGGGUAUCGAGCCCUGUAUUCCUCCUGUUGGUAUCUCGAUAGUUACCAGAAACAUGCUCUGUGGCCGGAAUAUUAUAACUGUGACCCUUCACCUUAUGCUACAGAGGCUGAGGAGAAGGGAAAAGUUCUAGGAGGAGAGGCGUGUCUGUGGUCAGAAUAUAUCACUACUGAUACACUUAUAUCGUUCAUGUG